AAAAGAUAAACCUCCCAUAUCUGGAGAUAAAACCGCUGGAGAAGUGAAAGUUGAAGUGAGAGUUCCGGAGAGAAGAAAAAGGUCAUGAUUGUCAAAAAAGGAAUUGUUUCACAUUCAGAGUCGCGUGAGGAUGCUUGAACAAAUUCGGUGAACUGUUAUAGCGUCAUGCAGAUACUCGAGAAAAAAUAACAUCGACUCUGGGGUUUUAUUUUUUUCUUUCUUUUUUCAAGAACACAUUCCCAAUUAUUUGGACAGCCUCUAAGGAAAUCAUGGGAAGUUUUGAAGGCCAUGCACUACCUGGAAGUUUCUUUCUGAUCACUGGUCUGUGGUGGGCCGCAAAAUACUCGUUUUUGUACGCGACCCGCAGGAACAAAAGCGCUGGGGCAGGGAGACUAGCAACCCGAGCUACUCAACGGCGCAUAGAAAUCAUAGAAGGAGCAGUGAUUUUAUCAAUUUCUAUUAUUGGAAUGUUAGCAGAGCAGCUAUUAGAUGGUGGGCCGAAAUUCCAACUGUAUGAUUCUUCCACUCAACACUGGGAGCAGCUAAUGAACUGGCAGCACACUACUAUGUACCUGUUCUUUGCUAUUGCAGGGGCAAUGUCACUCACUGUCCACAGCACAGACAUUGCCCCGCUAGCAUUAGACCGGAUGCUGCUGGGUCUUGCUUUCUUUAAUGAGGGAUUCCUGUUCCUUUACCAUCUCCAUGGUAGAGACAUGCUUGAUGUCCAUGUUCACACCCUUCUCCUCUAUGCCAUCUUUGGACAAGCUUUUAUCUGCCUUCUAGAGGUUUUCCACAGGGGCAAUAUUAUAUUAGAACUGCUUAGAGUCACUCUCACUAUACUGCAGGGCAGCUGGUUCUGGCAGAUUGGCUUUGUGUUAUACCCACCCAGUCAAGUGAAAUGGAAUCUGACAGACCACGACAAUGUUAUGUUCAUCACAAUGUGCUUCUGCUGGCAUCUAGCAUUUGCCUUGCUCACUGUUGCUGUAGCGUACUGGUCUGUUCUCUGUGCUGUGCGUUCCAAACUGAGGAGAACACCACCUAUAGAAAUGGGUCUCUUGAAACCAAGGGAGAAAGAAGUAGAUUCUGAAGAUGAGAUUCUAUGAGCAUUUAUUUCACUUACUCUUGUUUAACCCUGCUUCUAUAUGCAUUUGGACCUUCUGAACCCCUAAGAAAAAUGUAGAGACCGUAUUUGAGAGAUAGAGACAGAGAGGCAUUGUGAAUAUUAGCUAUGUCUUAAUUUCCUGAAGAGCAGCUGGGAGAUGAUAAACAGUGACAGUCCAUAACUGUAGUUCAUUAAACUACAAGUAACACUGAGUGAAUCAAUGGAGCCUUAUGCCACCAGCUUAUCUUCCCAAUACGAUUGCAGUUAGUUACAAGUUCUCUGUCAUUGUAGUCUGCUAUCUUAUGUGGUCACUCCUUUUUUUAUUUCAUUAUAACACUUUCACCCCCUGUCCCCGUUCUGCAUUAUCAGGAUCAACCUACACUCUCUGAAAAAUGGCUUAAUACUUGAUUGUUUUUCCAAAUAAGUUUGAACUAAGACAUUCGGAAAAAGAUGUAUUGUUUAUAUUUGGGUCUUUAUGUACACUUUUUGCUGUCAAUUUGAUAAUGAAUUGUGCCUUGUCAGUAUUUUAUUUGUUUUUAUUCAAGGACAGAAAUUAUCUUUUUUUUUUUAUCAUAUUAUUUUAGUGGUACUAUAUGAUCUACAUAUUAAAAAAAAAAACUCUCUCAGUCUUCAAAGAAAGAUAUAUGGUGGUACUGACAAGUCCUUGACAAUGUCUCAAGAGUCUGCUGUGUUCAAGUGCAAUAGCAUUCUUUUGAUAUAACUGAAAGGAUAUCAGGAUAAAAAAUAUCAGGAUUGUCCGUGGAAUCUUAAAAUGAAAUGGAAUCUUAUGACAUGUAUUUAUUGAUUUGAUUUAAUUUGGUCAAAUAUUUACAUAUUUGAUUUGGAAGAACUUUCUGUUUGUAUUUUGUUUUCUAAUAAAACAAUUUAA